AAGUCACUCUGGUUUUGUGUGAGAUAGAGGAGGACGAAGCCCUAUGAGGCAUUUCGUCAGUCGGUUGUCGUUCGCACGCCCCUCCGGCUUCCUUCAGGCGCGAUAUCAAUGCUGUCCGCCCCCUCCGCCGCCGCCUUCCAAUCCCAAAUUGUUUGUGGGAGGUCUCUCUUGGUCUGUUGAUGAAAAGUCUCUCAGGGAUGCCUUCUCUUCCUUCGGCGAGGUCACGGAAGUUAGGAUCAUGUAUGACAAGAGCACUGGAAGGUCAAGAGGAUUUGGGUUCGUCCGUUUUGCAACUGAUGAUGCAGCUAAAUAUGCUAGAAAUGCCAUGGACGGAAAGGCAUUUCUUGGAAGGCCUCUGCGAAUAAGCUUUGCCGUCGAUAAAGUUCGUGGUGUACCAAUUGUUGUUCCUCGGCUUCCGGCAGAUGAAGAAUCAACAAAUUGAGAGUUGUUUGAUAUUUACCCAAACAACUUUAAAAUAUUAUUAUUGUUUGCCUCUCUCGAUUUAAACCAGUCAAAUUUUAGGACAUUUAAGCUUGUUAUAUAACUGAGUCAAGCUGACUCAUGAGCCUAAAAUAAAUCAAGUCAUUGAAAGUUGAUUGUUCAAAUUUGAUUUGAUUUAUUUUUUAUAA